AUGGCGUCUUGGGAAUACCCUGCUCACAAAGAAUUUCCUAUGGAUGGCCCUAAGCCGUCUGAGGUUGAUCCUCGAGACAUGGAAGCUCAAAUGGAAGCACGCGAACGUCAGCUUCGUGAACAGUGGAUAAAAGCCAUGGAGGCCCGUCUGAUCGGAAAUGCUUUGAGUAAAUGUUAUAAGACGGAAGGCGUGAAUCAUUUUCAGAAUUGUAAACACCUUGUUGACUUGUACUUGCAGGCUGUUAAAGAAGCUAAAUUCAAAGGAUGGAGAGAUUGA